CAAUGGAAAAGGCAGUCCUGCUGAAGAAUUAAUUAAGAGCUAUCCCCCAGGGGGUAAUAGUUACGAAAAAGCUUUAAAACAGCUGAAAAUGCGUUUCGGCAAGAGUGCAGUAAUGUCCUCUUCUUGCAGAGAAACUAUUGAUUCAGUUGAAUCAUCAUUACCCGAAGAAACUCUUGUUGCUUGGCAGCGCUAUAGAUCUGCUCAUCGUAGAAUUCGAGAAGUGAAUUUAGAUGAUUCAGACGAAAGUAAAACUAUAAUUGAGAAAAGUGAUUUAGAAUGCAUUUUAGAAUUUUUACAAGCCGAAGUCGAAGCUGAAGAACGCAUUUUUUUAGCCUCUCAAAGUUUCAACAACAUCGAAACCAAAAGCAGAAUUCGUAUAGUCGAUGAUCGUUUCGAGGUUGAUUUGCCCUGGUUGGAAUAUCAUCCACCACUAACAGACUAUUUUGACUUAGCCGAGAGAAGACUGAACAAAACUGUUAAACGUCUUAAAAUCGAGUCCAAUUAUGAAGCUUAUGGAGAUGUUUUCAAGGAAUGGCUAGAAGAGGGAGUAAUUGAAGAGGCUGAUAAAAAUUAUCAAGGGCAAGUUCUUUACCUUCCUCAUCGAGAAGUUAUCAAAAAAAUAGCACUACAAAACUCCGACCGGUAUUUGAUGCUUCGGCCCAAAAAGAAGAUUGGUGUUAUUGCUGAUAUACGAAGAGCCUUUCUUCAAAUAAGUGUUUCACCUACUGAUAGAGACUUUUUGCGGUUCUUAUGGCUUGAUAGUGAUGGUCAACUGAAAGUGUACAGGCACUGCCGUGUAGUUUUUGGUGUAGCAAGUAGCCCUUUUCUUCUAAACUCUACUAUUCAGCUUCACCUACAAACUGUUUUAGAGAAAAUAGAAACCGGUGAAUCCUUAUAUACGAAAGGUGUCAUUCAAAAACUUAUGCAUAGUUUUUAUGUUGACAAUUGUGUCAGUUGUGUUAAAAAUGAAGAAGAACUCAAUCAUUUUAUUAGUGUAUCAACUGAGGUAAUGGCUGAGAGAAAAUUUGAGCUUAGAGGGUGGGAGUUCAAUGAUAUUAAUGCUGAUGCUUCUGCUGAUACAAAUGUGCUCGGUUUAAUAUGGAAUAAAAAAUCUGACACUCUAAGAAUAAAUACUGGUAGUAUAAAAGAGUUAUGUUUUGAAAAAGUGACUAAGCGCUUAAUCUUAUCUACAGCUCAUAGAUUGUUUGAUCCUCUUGGUAUGUAUUGUCCUGUUAUCCUUAUCCCUAAGUUAUUGCUUCAAGAAACUUGGAAGCAGAAGAUAACAUGGGAUGAAGAAGUUGAUACCUGUACGAGAACUACAUUUUUAAAAUGGUUGAAAGAUAUUGACUAUCUGGAAAAGAUCCAUUUUCCAAGAUAUUUUGGUUCAAGGAGUACGAGUGAAAAUACUUCAGUACAUAUUUUCUGUGAUGCCAGUAAGCAUGCUUAUGCCGUGGCUGCUUUCAUUCGUAUAAAAACUUUGGAUUCUACUAAAGUACAACUGAUACAAGCCAGGACCUGGAUAACGAGGGAAGAAGCCUGGAAUGUAUUUGUCCAGAAUAGGGUGAAGGAAAUAAGAAGACUAACAAAUAAAGAUUCUUGGAGACAUAUUCCUGGUUGCAUGAAUCCAGCUGAUCUUCCGAGUAGAGGUUGUUCGGCUCUCUCCUUAUUGAAAUCUCAGUGGUGGUUAGGUCCAAUUUGGCUUUACUUGCCUGAAGAAGAUUUGCCUAAAGGUGACUGA